AUGGCGUUCUUACACUCUAUGGAGGCAGUGGUUAUUGAUUCGUGCUCCAGAUUUUUGCUCAAAACCCCAAUACCACUACUCACACCACCACUCACACCACUACUCACACAGCCACUCACACAGCGACUCACACCACUACUCACACAGCCACUCGCACAGCCACUCACACCACUACUCACCCCACCACUCACACAGCUACUCACACCCCCACUCACACCACUACGCACACAGCCACUCACCCAGCCACUCACACCACUACUCACACCACCCCUCACACAGCUACUCACCCCCCCCCUCACACCACCACUCACACAGCCUCUCACACCACUACUCACACAGCCACUCGCACAGCCACUCACACCACUACUCACACCACCGCUCACACCACUACUCACACAGCCACUCACACAGCCCCUCACACCACUACUCACACCACCACCCACACAGCUACUCACACCACCACUCACACCACUACACACACAGCCACUCACACAGCCACUCCCACCACCACUCACACAGCCACUCACACCGCCACUCACACCACCACUCACCCAGCCACUCACACAGCCACUCACACAGCCACCCACACCACUACUCACACAGCCACUCGCACAGCCACUCACACCACUACUCACCCAGCCCCUCACACAGCCACUCACACCACUACACACACAGCCACUCACACAGCCACUCCCACCACCACUCACACCACCACUCACACUACCCCUCACACCACCCCUCACACAGCCACUCACACAGCCACCCACACCACUACUCACACAGCCACUCGCACAGCCACUCACACCACUACUCACACCACCACCCACACAGCCACUCACACCACCACUCACACAACAACUCACACCACCACUCACACCACAACUCACACCACCACUCACACCACCACUCACACUACCCCUCACACCACCACUCACACAGCCACUCACACCACUACUCACACAGUCACUCACACCACCACUCACACAGUCACUCACACCACCACUCACACCUCCACUCACACCACUACUCACACCACCACUCACACCACAACUCACACCACCACUCACACCACCACUCACACAGCCCCUCACACCACCACUCACACCACCACUCACACUACUACUCACACCACCACUCACACAGCCACUCACACAACAACUCACACCACUACUCACACAACCACUCACACAGCCACUCACACAGCCACUCACACCACCACCCACACAACAACUCACACCACCACUCACACCACAACUCACACCACCACUCACACCACCACUCACACCACUACUCACACCACCACUCACACCACUACUCACACAGCCACUCACACCACCACUCACACAGCCACUCACACAGCCGCUCACACCACCACUCACCCCACCACUCCCACAACAACUCACACCACCACCCACCCAGUCACUCACCCCACCACUCACCCAGCCACUCACACAGCCACUCCCACAGCCACUCACACAGCAACUCACACAACAACUCACCCCAUUACUCACACCACAACCCACACCCCCACUCACACAACAACCCACACCAUUACUCACACAGCCACUUACACCACCACUCACACAGCCUCUCACACCACCACUCACCCAGCCACUCACACCCCCACCCACACCGCCACUCACACCCCCACCCACACCGCCACUCACACCACUCCCCGCACAGCCACUCACACCACUGCUCACACAGUCACUCACACCACCACUCACACAACAACUCACACCAUUACUCACACAACAACUCACACCAUUACUCACACCACAACUCACACCACCACUCACACCACCACUCACACUACUACUCACACCACCACUCACACAGCCACUCACACCACUACUCACACCACCACUCACACCACUACUCACACCGCCACUCACACACCCACUCACACCACCACUCACACACACACUCCCCCCCCCCCUCACACCACUACUCACACAGCCACUCACACAGCCACUCACACCACCACUCACACACCCACUCACACCACCACUCACACACACACUCACACCACCACUCACACCACUACUCACACAGCCACUCACACAGCCACUCACACCACUACUCACACAGCCACUUACACCACCACUCACACAGCCACUCACACCGAUACUCACACCGUCACUCACACAUCCACUCACACCACUACUCACACCACCACUCACACAUCCACUCACACCACCACUUACACCACCACCACUUACACCACCACCACCACCACCACUCACACAGCCACUCACACCACCACUCACACAACACUCACACAGCCACUAUUUAUGA